ACUAAUUCAGCAGUUGUUGCUACAGCAAAUUUAAGGAAGUAAAAAAAGAAAAAAAGAAAAAACACAAGCACAUGCCUCUCUGGAUUUACAGCAGAAUUAGUACAAUUAGGUAGGAAAAAUACACAUGUAACGGCGAAAGUAAUCGAGUAAAUGUACUCCCUGCUCGUCACGGCCUACGUCAUCAGUGUGUCUGAGCAGGGAGGCUAGCUAAAGCUGAUGUAUCUCAUUGGUCACUUCCGUCAGUGUAAACAUGGAGCCGUGUCACCGGUGUCACCGUGUUGCUGUUUAAAAUCAGGCUUUCACCAUAGUUAUCCGGUCAAAAUGAUGAUGGCUGUGUGGAUGAAAAUAUCAGUUUCGGAACCGGGUCGAGUUUAUAACCAGCGAGCUAACACUGAAGAGCUAAGUGUCCGGGCCGUGUUUGUGUGAGGCUGGCCUUGCUAAUUAGACAGCUAGCCACACAAACAAAACAAAACAAAAAAAGAAAUCGGGCUAAAUCGAGGUUAGCCGAACAAAGGAGCAUGGCGAGUAAUGUAAUGUAACGAGGACACGUCGAGAAGAGGAGAAACCAACAUGAAGAGCUCGAGGAGUGCUGGUGCCUCGUCACCUGUGAAUGGGAAAGAAGACUGGGACACCAGACGAAAAAGGAAAUCUGCGGACAUCGCCCAGGCCCUCAGUGCCACUCCGGUGGAUGUGGCAGCUUUGAGGAGGAUGGCGAUCAGUGAAGGAGGACUGCUGACUGAUGAGAUACGCUGCCAAGUCUGGCCUCGGCUCCUCAACGUCCCUCUAAGUGUGUUGGAUCAAGAGCCAGAAACGGUAGAGCGGGAGAAUAACAAGGACUACAACCAGGUGUUGCUGGACGUCCAACGCUCCCUGCGGAGGUUCCCACCUGGUAUGCCAGAUGAGCAGAGGGAGGGUCUCCAGGAAGAGCUAAUUGACAUCAUCCUUCGAGUCCUGAAACGUAAUCCCCAGCUGCACUACUACCAAGGCUACCAUGACAUUGUUGUCACCUUCCUAUUGGUCCUGGAAGAGCGGCUUGCAACUGCUCUAGUGGAAAAGCUCUCCACGCAUCAUCUCAGGGACUUCAUGGAUCCUACUAUGGACAACACUAAACACAUUCUUAACUAUUUGAUGCCCAUCAUUGAUAGGGUCAACCCUGAGGUGCACGACUUCAUGCAACAGGCUGAGGUGGGGACAGUCUUCGCUCUCAGCUGGCUGAUCACCUGGUUUGGCCACGUACUGUCAGACUUCCGCCACGUUGUCCGGUUGUAUGAUUUCUUCCUGGCCUGCCAUCCAUUGAUGCCCAUCUACUUUGCUGCUGUGAUUGUACUGUACAGAGAAGAAGAGGUGCUGGAGUGUGAGUGUGAUAUGGCAAUGGUUCAUCACCUGCUGUCUCAGAUACCCCAGGAUCUGCCAUAUGAGACACUCAUCAGCCGAGCCGGAGACCUCUUCGUCCAGUUCCCUCCCUCUGAGCUGGCAAGAGAGGCUGCCUCACAUGAAAGCAUGGCAAGCUCUACCUUUAAGGACUUUGACCUUGCGUCUACUCAACAGCGGCCAGACUCUGUUCUCCGACGCAGGCGUAGACAGAAACAGGCUGCGCUGGAGAGCUCAGCAGCGAGCUCAGUAGUGGCCCAGCCUUCAGCAGCUCGGCGGUUUGUUCGUUUGGCUGUCAUGGGUCUGACGGUGGCUUUAGGGGCGGCGGCUCUGGCUGUGGUCAACACUGCCCUGGAGUGGGCCCCCAAACUGGACUUGUUUCCUUGAACUGCUCCUGUUUUCCACCCCUUAUGCUACAACCUUGACUGCAUCUAGCCGGUGGGUCAGUUUUCAAGAACACUUUAAUUAAUUAUUGAAACUACAAACCCUGCGGUCGAUAACACUGUCUGGAGAGUACAGCACUCUCUAAACUGAAGCAGUUAACGCUCUUUUGUCCUCCAGGAUGUCUGAACAUCCUGUGUAGGGUUCCUUUCAUGACUCCUGAAGAGGGCACACCAGUGUAACAGCACCAACUGCUGGUGCUCUAAAAUGAAGAAUCCAUCCUGUUGUAAUGGACAGACUGUAUUUCUAAGAACUAUCACUGAAGGUGUCAUUAAAGUUUAUUUAUAUAUUGGUAUUAGAAUAAUCAGAUUUUGAGUUCUACUCACAGAGAUUUAUGCUGAAAGCUUGGUGAACUCACUACACUUGAAACUGCUGCCAAUUAAGAGAGCUGGACUGAAUGUAUGAGUGUGUGUGUGCGUGUGUGUGUGUGUGUAUGGUCACAACCCAUUUGUUAUCUAUUUGAUACCUGGACUGAGACCAAAUAGAGGAUUGUUAGAAUCCUCUCUUUUUAUAAUUUAUAGGAUCGUGAGAAAACGUCUGAAGAUAUGGUCAUGACACACAGGCACUUUUUAAGGUCACCAUUUUAUUAUGUUUUUAGGUUAUUUUGUUCCUUCCAGUUGUUUGAAUAAACCUUUUUUUAGUGAAGAAAAAAAAGUAUCUUCCUCUCAUUUUCUCUAAAACAUAUCAACAGCUAUCAACCUUGACUACACACACGCUCCUGGUCGGGGUCAGCUGAAAUGAUUUUGUAUCUCAAAACACCAGAAUGGGGUACAGUGUUUAGUCGAUCUAGCAUAUCAAAAUUGUUUCACUAGCGCUUUCCAAUUACUCACUUAAUUGUUUGGUUGCACAGCCUUCGAAAUGUGUCUGUGUUUCAUGGCCCCAUUUGGAUAAGGUUAUGUUCUCUGCGUCACUUUUUCUGGAGUAGACAAUUAAAUCUCUCCUUGUAGUUGAGCACUCACUCAAUGCCUGGCAACAGAAAAUAUCAAUGGUGGGUUGAAUAGGUGGGUACCGUAGUCCUUGUGUUGGCACAGUGGGGGACCCAGUUUUUGCACUGACUGUAUUUUAUUUUAUUUUUUUCCCCCCAAGAUUGCUUAAAAGUUAUUUUGAUAGGCUGUAAAGGUGUUCUGUCAGAAAUGGCACUUGAGCCUUCAAAUGAAUGCCAUCUGUUGUUUCUGUUUCACACAUGACUUUAGCUUUAUUUGAUGCCAUUUAGUAAGUUGGAUUGCUUUUGAGUGUAGCAUCUGAGUCAUCAUUUCGGGGG